AUGGGCGCCAGCGACUCCAAGAUUGUCUUCAAGCAGGGCAUCUUCAGGUUGUCAGAGGAGCGCCACAUCCCCGCCGACGACACCUACUGGACCUCGUUCUGGGAACUCCCGGAAUCCUCAGAAGAUGUCUUUAGCCUGUUCUCGCCCUCCGACAUACGCCGCACCCGUGAUCAGGCGUUGGAGAACAUCGAAACCCUUGUGCUUGCGUUGACGUCGCGCCUGUUCAUCCUCCGCCACCACCCGUCGUUUCCCGAUCCCGAGCUGGCCCCAGAGAGAGACGCCCUGAACUGCAUCAGGAUCCUCACCCGGAUCCUUCCCUACCUAUAUGAGAGCGAUAGCUUGAGUUCCUGGGAAGAACGCUUCUUUUGGGGGUCCCGCCGGAGGAAAACUCGCCGAGCUGUCAUAGCCAACGAGGUUCUAUUUGAUGAAGCCCAGGGCGACAAGCAAGAUGCAUUGAGCGAGUCAGACGAGUUCGAAGAUGUCAAACCCUUGGCAGAGGAGCUCAUCGACACCUUGAUUGAUCUGCUUUUCUUCUCAGAUCUGACCAUUUCACGCCAACCUCACGGCCAUGCCAAGGUCACCUACGCCAUAUGGCAGAGCGGCGUCGGAUGUAACGCCGCUGUAGCCACAACUAAGGAGUACGAGAGCAACAGGUGUGAGAUACUUCGCCUGCUCCUGGCCCUGACCGGUCAGAGCAUGUACAUUACCCCGGCCAUGCUCCCCCAGAGAGGGGUGCGUACUUUGACCCAUCUUUGCACAUACCAAGACAAGCAGGUUGUGCUCUCAGUCCUGUGCUCUUUGCUGAAUACGACGCUCAAGUACAACCCGGCGAGUUGGCGAGUUCCGUACAACACGUUGGUCUUCAAAGAUGCGAAGCAGGUCUUGCCGCUCCAAGAAAAGACAUCCUACCUGCCUGGCUCCCAGUCGUCUGGGAGCUUUGCACCGGAGAUGCUGAUGCUGUUCUGGGAGAUGACACAGUGCAAUAAGAGGUUCCGGUCCUUCAUCAUCGACACCGAUCGAGCCCACGAUUUCGUCGUCCUGACGCUGUUCUACGCGCUUGAGUACAAGAACGAGCCGGCAAAACAGGGAGUUGUGCGCAUGUGUGCGUUUCUCUUGCAAACUCUGAGCGUGGAAACAAACUUUGGCCAUAAUCUCAACAAGCGGUUCGAGGGACAGGAGAGCCUUCCUGGAUGCAUCAGGAUCAACGGGUUCAAAGGAACCUACGCCGACUUUCUUAUCCAUUCCAUCUACAGCUUAAUCACGACGAGCCAAGGAAGUUUUGCAGCAGUCUAUCCCGCGCUCCUAGCGGUGAUAAACAACAUUGCCCCACAUGUUGAAGGGCUGAGCACUGCAGCCAGCGCCCAACUCAUGCAUUUGUUCUCGUCCAUGUCCUCGCCCUCGUUUCUACUCGCCAACGAGACCAACCACACGCUACUCCAUUCACUUCUCGAGUCAAUUAAUGGCACCGUCGAACACAAGUACCGCGAAAACCCAGAGCUGAUACUGGCCAUUGUCAAAAACAAGAAGCGAAUCGAGGCUUUGCGAACUUUUACCCUAGAGAGUGGCCAGGAAGAGAUAGAGAGGAGGAACAGAAGAAGGAAGGAUGUGGGUAACCUCGGAGACUCAUUCGACUCGGGAUCGGUGAGGAGCUCGCUCGACAGCGCGAGAAGUCCGCCUCCUGCACCGUCUCGCACACCGACGCUGGAAGAGGUUCCCGAAGAUGGGACUUUUGCCAUUGGCGACGAUGACGAGGACGACAGUGAUGAGGAUUUGCAGCCGACCCCGGCCCCUUCAACCGCGAGCGAGAAUCAGUCCCAAGCGUCGUCUGCCGCCAACGUGGACGAUGCAGUCCCAAUCCAGCUCCGUGGCAUGUCUGAGAAAGCUCGGGGCAAAAUGCCGGCGGGCGCGCGAUCCUUCUCUCGACAAAACAGCACCACGAGCCUAGGAGCACAGUCUGCAUCAGGCCAGACUCAGGGGGGCGUGUUUGAGGCCACAGCCCAAUGGAUCGAUAGCUGGCUUCCAGAGUUGCCCUUGCACACUAUCCUGACGGUCAUUCGACAGGUCUCGAGUCUCGAACUUGACUUCAUCGGGAUCGAGCCUUCGCCUCCUCGAGUACACUCUUUCGAGUGGUCUCAGCCAGCUUUGGCUUGGUAUGAGUCACUUUUAUGGGGCGUGGUCUUCACGAGCGAGAUGCAGAUCGCCAAAGGCACCAUGGGCAUCUGGAACGGCACCUUCAUCAAGCUGUUCCGUGUCCAGGAGACUGCUCCAGAGGGGCCCACGUUGACGUCUCCGCGAGGGGCAGUCGAUGCCGUCGGCAGCAACAUAGUGUCACGAAUCGGUCAGAUAAAUCUUCGCGGGGGCCCGGCGCACACCGGCAGCAGCUCUUUGUCACGGCCCGGAACUUGA